GUAUCAUUGUCAAACCAUAAAACCCUAAAGCAAAACCCUCGAUCCUCUUCGCGGCUACGGUCUUUCCUCUGCACUCGUUGCCUCUAAUGGCUUCCGCCAAAAAGCGGAAGGCGGACCAAGACGCCGAACAGCAUUCCAUCCCCAACCACGACACCGAUGCCAAGCCUCACCACACCGCCGUCUCAUACGUCCGCCAGCCUGACGAUGAUUCCAGCGCCCCGGCUUCAGACUCCGAUCCUGACUACGAAGAAGAGGAAGAAGACGUCCGUAAACUUCUAGCACCCCUUGACACUGAACAGCUCACUUCACUACUUGUCUCCGCAGCGGCUCGAGACCCCGUCACUCUUGCCUCGAUCCGCACCCUAACCGAUAUCGAUCCCGCCAAUCGAAAGCUCUUCAUCCACAGCCUCGGUUGGGAAACCACCUCCGAUAGUCUCCGCGCAGCUUAUGCCCGCUAUGGUGAAAUCGAAGAGUGUCGCGUUGUCGCUGACCGUGCAACGGGCCGCUCCAAAGGGUACGGUUUCGUCCUCUUCCGACAACGUUCUUCUGCUCGCCGUGCCCUCCGCCGUCCCAAUAAGCUCAUUGACAACCGCAUGACUACCUGCCAGCUUGCCUCCGCCGGCCCCACACAGAACGUUAAUCGUAACAUGAGUAACCAUAGCCCUAAUUCUAAUCCCAGCGAUAACCUUCCUCGAAAGAUCUAUGUUGGCAAUCUCCACGGCGACAUUGAUGGCCGCCGUCUCCAUGCAUUCUUUUCUCAGUAUGGAGAGAUCGAGGAAGGGCCGAUUGGAUUCGAUCGCCAAACUGGCAAGGCUAAGGGCUUUGCACUUUUCGUUUUCAGAACUGUUGAGGGAGCAAGAAAGGCCUUAGCAGAGCCUAUUAAGAACUUUGAAGGGUAUAAUCUGGUUUGUCAGAAGGCCACUGAUAGCAACAAGGGUAGGGCAUCCGCUGCUACCAACAACUCCAGUGGUGCCAAUGCUACCCCGUCUAAUGCUGCAGUGAACAUGGGAGGUUUCAAUGCGCCUGCUUAUGGUGGUCAAUUUACUCCAUCAGACAUAGGGCUAGCGCAGCAGGCAGCGCUGUUUGGGCAAGGCCUUAUUGGGCAGGGAAUUUAGUUCGAUGUCGAGAACGUGCUUACUCGUCUGGUUUACAAUUGGAUGACUUUGAUUCUGUAUUGGAGUCGCGCUUGCGGUGCAACAGUUGUUCUGAAGGAAUGCCUUUUGAUUUAGUUUUGGCACAAGCUGUUUUAGGAUGUAUUGUUUUUCAGUUUCAUCUGCAAUUUAGUCUUUACUAUUAUUGAUGUGUACCAAACUAUUCUUAGUAUAUCAUGGUGUUGUUGUGGCUUUUUAUGAACAGUUCUACCUGGUUUGUGACAAUUGUACUGAUUAUUGAGAUCUCAUCGCCGACAUUUAAGUAAGUUAUGAACGGUUCUUCUUU